AUGUCCAAAUCCCUUCAGGAGCCCCCGGGGUCCGGCCCCAAAGGCCCUGACGACUACAGGAGGCUGAGAAGGAUCAUAGCUGAAGAUCCUCUCUGGUCCCUGGCUCUGGUUCCCAGUCUAUCACACCUCUGCCUGAAAAGCUUUGUGAGAGACUUUGAGGGGCUUACUGUAUAUGAGCAACUUUCAAACACCCAGAGACAGUUCAUCCAGGAGAGGCUCCCUCCUUCCCUGCCCCUAAGCGUGACAGCCAAUGUGAUCGAGGAUGGCGUCUACUGGGAGCGGUGCUGCAAGCAGCAGUGGGAUCUUUGUGAUGUCUCACGUUAUGGCGACAGCUGGAAACGAAUGUUCUUUGAGAGGCGCCUGGAGGGAAUGAUUGAGUUAUUUAUUCCAGGUGUAACAGAGACAAAGAAAAUCCUAGAUAUGGUCCCGCUCUGUGAGAACUACGUCAAGAGGCUGGAUAUCUCCCAGCUGCUGACACCUAUCAGGGUGCCCAAGAAGGGGAAGGAUGAGGAUGACAAUGUCUUGGGGAUGGAAACUGACGAUGAUUAUGAUCAAAUGAACCACUUCGACUUCUGCAUCUUGCUUGAAAAGCUGACCUGCCUGGAAGAGCUCCAUUUGGUAUACAGAGUCAAACAAUGUGGUCUGAACUAUGAAGGGAGGAUGUUUGAGAUGAACUACAAAGACUGUCAGUCCCUCUCCAAGGCCCUUAAGUCCUGUAAAACUUUGAAGCUUCUGCGGCUCCAUCAAAGCAACAUUGACGACGCGAAGGUCCAGAUGCUGGUGAAGCAACUCUUGGGCCACCCGUCCCUGAGGGAGCUCGACUUUUCUCACAACGUGAUCGGAGACCUCGGCGCCGGAGCUGUCGGCAAGUUGCUCGCCAAGAGUAAACUGGAGGUCCUGAGCAUGUGUGACAAUGACAUCACAGACUCGGGGGGCAAAGCUAUAGCUCAGGCCUUGUCUAAGAAUUCCACUCUUGUGUCACUUAACCUGCGUCUCAACCGCCUGAGAGACGAGGGAGGUCAAGCCAUAGCUGAGGCCUUGAUGAACAACAACACCCUACGUCACCUGCACCUGGGAGCCAAUGAGGUGUCGGGCCCCACCGCCAUCGCUCUGGCUAAAGUGAUAGCUCAGAAUAACACGCUGAAGAGCAUCAAUCUCUCCUGCAACAACCUUGGCGAGGAUGGAGGUAAAGCUCUGGCUGAGGCGAUGUCUCACAACACCAGCGUGACGGAGUGUGACCUCCGCCUGUCCGAGGUGGACGAGCAGAUCGUGUCCUCUAUCAACCAGGUGGUUUGGACCAAUCAGGGUCUAGGAAAAAAGGAUAGAGCUGGAUUGAAUCUAACCAAGUACAAAUUGGAGGAUCCUCUUCGAACAAACCAGUCUUAA